AUGUUGUUGCUUGACGGUUGUUUUGUAGUUGAGUUUAUUCGAGAACAUUGUGAAAUGGUUCCAAAAGGAGAAGCCAGGAUUAUCAUUAAUAAUCGUGCAAGUUACAUAUUUCGAGACUUAAUGUUACUAGAAAACCAACUUCCUUUCUUUGUCGUCAACAAGCUUCAUUCCAUGACAAAGCAAGUUAACGAAUCAUCACUGGUAAUACUGCAUUUACUUUACUUCAUCUACUACACAUAUUUUCAUGUAAUGAGAUUAAUCCCAGGGAAAAAAUCAAAAUGUAUUGCACUCGUGAGGUUAUGCCAAAUGCAACAGAGCUUUCCGAAACUGGAGUUAGGUGAUACGGAAACCCUCUUGCGAAAUGUCAUUGCUUAUGAAAAACAAUCAUCUGAUGUACAAUUAUCUAAAUAUUUCAGUCAUUAUGCUGUUUUCAUGGAUAAUCUUAUCGACUCAGAAAAAGAUGUGAAUUUGCUUCGCCAGGAAGGAAUCAUAGUGAACUUGAUGGGAGACGACAAAGACGUGGCUAGCCUCUUCAACAAAAUCGGAAAUGCGGUCACGCUGUAUCCUGACUUCUAUUACAAUGAGGAAUUCAAACAAGCAAUUGAAUAUAGUGAAAAACCAUGGAAUACAAUGAAGGCAAAUUUGAAGCACAAUUAUUUUAGUAGUCCUUGGGUAGGAGCUUCAAUUGUGGCAGCCAUCAUACUCCUCAUACUCACAACUAUACAGACUAUUCUAGCUUUCACAGGUUCCGUUAAGUAA